CAGACGGGGUGCGAGGGAGCGGGCAGACGAUGCUGACCGUGGCGGCGGCUCUCGGCCUCAGGCGCACCCUCCGCAACAAAUCCUUCCCCUCCCUUGCUGCUAUGCCAUUCCUCCCCUCCGCCUCUCCACCCUCCUCCUCUCUCCCCCGGAGCCCUAGCCCUCGCCCUCGCACUCCCCCUAGCCCGCGCCUCCCGCUCCCGCCGGCCCUCCUCCGCUCCCUCGUCACCGCGGCGCGGGCGGUGCCCCCGUCCCUCCUCGCGCCUCGGGCGCGGCCCGCCAUGGCGUCGCGGGCCGUCUCGGCGUCGGCGGCGGCGGCGGGGGAGGUGACGCACCUCUCGCAGCAGGAGGCGGCGGAGAUCGACGAGCAGCUCAUGGGCCCGCUCGGCUUCAGCGUCGACCAGCUGAUGGAGCUCGCGGGGCUGAGCGUCGCGGCGGCCGUUGCGGAGGUUUACAAGUUGGGUGAAUGUACAAGGGUGCUUGUCAUCUGUGGUCCAGGAAAUAAUGGUGGUGAUGGUCUGGUAGCUGCUCGUCACCUUCAUCACUUUGGAUAUAAGCCUUACGUAUGUUAUCCAAAACGCACGCCCAAGCCUCUGUAUUCCGGCCUUUGUACUCAGCUUGAAUCACUGGCAAUCCCGUUUGUUCCUGUUGAAGACCUACCUGAAAACUUAUCGGAGGAGUUUGACAUCAUUAUUGAUGCAAUGUUUGGUUUCUCAUUUCAUGGAACACCAAGACCACCAUUUGAUGAUCUUAUCAACAGGCUUGUUUCACUGAGUGUUAAUGGUAACUCUGCUAAAAGACCAGCAAUUGUUUCUGUUGAUAUCCCUUCGGGGUGGCAUGUUGAAGAGGGAGAUGUCAAUGGAGGGGGGUUUAAACCCGAUAUGCUGGUAUCAUUAACUGCACCGAAGCUCUGUGCGAAAAAAUUUACUGGUCCACACCAUUUUCUUGGGGGUAGAUUUGUUCCCCCACCUAUUUUGAGCAAAUAUAAGCUUCAUCUUCCUCCAUAUCCUGGUACCUCAAUGUGUGUGAGAAUUGGAAAAGCUCCAUCUGUUGACAUUUCAACUCUAAGAGAAAACUACAUCUCCCCUGAACUCUUGGAGAAUCAAGUGAUGCCUGAUCCAUUUGAUCAGUUCGCCAGAUGGUUUGAUGAAGCUGUUACUGCUGGUCUACGUGAACCAAAUGCUAUGGCUUUAACAACUGCCAACAAGGAGGGAAAACCUUCGUCAAGAAUGGUUCUUUUAAAGGGUGUUGAUAAACAGGGAUUUGUUUGGUAUACAAAUUAUGGUAGCCAGAAGGCACAUGAUUUAUCUGAGAAUCCAAAUGCUGCACUCCUUUUCUACUGGAAUGAGAUGAACCGGCAGGUAAGAGUAGAAGGUUCUGUUCAGAAGGUUUCAGAAGAAGAAUCUGAGAAGUAUUUCCACAGCCGCCCACGAGGAAGUCAACUUGGUGCAAUUGUCAGCAAGCAGAGCACUGUCAUUGCUGGAAGGGAAGUUCUUCAGCAGGCGUACAAGGAAUUGGAACAAAAAUAUUCUGAUGGCGUGAUCCCAAAACCUGAUUACUGGGGUGGGUACAGAUUAAUACCAAAACUUUUUGAGUUCUGGCAAGGCCAACAGUCUCGUCUGCAUGACCGGCUACAGUAUUCACUGCGAGAAGUAGAUGGGAAUACAGUAUGGCACAUCGAGAGGUUGUCCCCUUGACUAGUAACCCCAUCCCAGCUCUUUGGUAAAGGAUCUCAUCUUAUUACCAGUAAAUCAAAUCUUAUCCAGCUGCAAGGAGUCCCAGUUACUCGAUGAUGGUAGUGCCAUGAUUAGAUCGCGUGUUUGAGUGCCUGAAGCUCCACUUUGCGGUGUUUGAGUGCCUGAAGCUCCACUUUGCGAAAUCCCCUUCACAUGGUGAUGGUGAUGUAGUCGGUGAAGGCUCCUCGCAGGGUUAAUGAUUUUGCUGUAAAUGCCAUUUAAAUUUACCCGUUCUGUAGAAAGAAUCUUGAUGAGAAUCUCAUUAAAUUAUCUCAGCCCGUCGUAUGGUAUUUGACAAAUGAUAGAUGGAAGAAAUAAUGUUCUGGGAGGAAAUAAGUCUUUGUCAGCCAUGAAGCAUAUAAAUAAAGUUGUGUGCUGCAUUUUCAUUGUA